AUGGCGCCAGAUAGGGGGACAGUCCUCUCCAGGGGGAAGACCUCUAGAACAUGGGAAGCUCUCAACCCUCCGCUAUCACCAUGGAUCCUCGAAGCAAUGUCAGCCAUGAAUUUCACCCGCAUGACCCCAGUCCAAGCCUCGACCAUCCCCCUCUUCAUGGCCUACAAAGACGUCGUGGUCGAAGCUGUCACGGGUAGUGGAAAGACGUUGGCAUACCUCAUACCAGUAGUGGAAAAGUUGUUGAGACUGGAAGAGCCGAUCAAGAGACACCAUGUUGGUGCUGUCAUCAUCUCUCCCACCAGAGAAUUGGCCACACAAAUAUACAACGUUCUGGUUUCACUGCUGAGGUUUCACCCCCCUUCCGCCGCGGGGCUCGAACCAUUGGAUGCACACGCUGAUUCGCACGCACACAAUGAAGUAGAGUGUUUUCCCCCUUCAACGCUGAAAGUUCUCCCGCAGCUGCUCGUAGGCGGCUAUACCACACCAGCGCAGGACCUGAGUAAAUUUCUCACGGCCUCUCCAAAUGUGCUGGUCGCGACACCAGGUCGACUUGUCGACAUCAUGACCUCAAGAGAUGUCCACUAUCCGAAAUCCUCGUUCGAAAUCCUCGUGCUUGACGAAGCUGACAGAUUGCUUGAUCAUGGGUUCAAGGACGAGCUCACUAAGAUUCUCAAUCUCCUACCAAAAGAGAGGAGGACAGGUCUCUUCAGUGCCAGUGUGAGCGAAGCAUUGGACCAAUUGAUUCGUGUUGGUCUGCGGAAUCCUGUAAAGGUUGAAGUCAAAGUAAAAGGGGCAAACGGAGUGGAAGACAAGCGGACGCCAGCGAGUUUGAAGAUGACAUAUGCGGUGACCAGAGCUUCUGAAAGAUUUCCCUUCUUGACAGCUCUGCUGAAACAGCUCGAUCCAAUGCCGCUUCGGACAAUCGUGUAUUUGUCCACCUGUGCCGCUGUGGACUACUUUCAGACCCUGCUACCAUCAAUUAUGCCCUCCGACGCCGUGCUUGUGCCUCUGCAUGGUAAGCAUCCAGCCAAUGUCCGGGAGAAGAACUUUAUGCGCUUCUCCAACUCAGUGUCUCCUUCUGUACUUUUGACUACCGAUGUUGCAGCAAGGGGGUUGGAUAUCCCUUCAGUGGACUUGGUGGUGCAGAUUGAUCCCCCGGCGGACCCGAAAGUAUUUUUGCAUCGAUGUGGGCGAGCAGGUCGCGCGGGUCGUAAAGGCCUUAGCGUCGUCUUCCUCCUCCCUCACGAGGAAGACUAUGUGGAAUUUCUGAAAGUGCGACAUACUCCCAUUGAGCCCUUGACCGAACCCGCUACUUCCGAGAUAAACGAGGACUAUCUUGCGACUGAAGAGAAGUUCCGCAAGAUUGUCCUCACAGAUCGGGCACUGCACGACAAGGGGCAGAGGGCAUUUGUCAGCUGGGUCAGAAGCUAUUCGAAGCACGAAGCAAAAUCUAUCUUCAACCUGAGUGGGGUUGACUGGCACGAUCACGCUGCUGCAUGGGGUUUAUUGAAGAUGCCAAAAAUUGCUGAGCUCAAGAAUACCAAGCUACAGCCGUACCAGGCGCAGGAUGUCGAUUGGAACAAAUAUGGGUACAAGGAUAAGCAGCGUGAAAAACAUCGAAAACAGAUGCUCGAGCUGGGUCUGAAAGAUGAGUCCAGGGGUCUCAAGGCGACUGCGUCCAAGAAGCGGAAGGGCACUACCGUGGCGUGGUCUGAAAAGCUCGAGCGCAAAGCCAACAAAGAAGUCAGGCGAUCUAAAAAGGAAGCGAAAAGACAGCACGACAGAAUCGCGAAGAUGACGGAAGACGAGAAGGCAUAUGAAGCUGAGACUGCGCGGAUGAUUCAGCAGAUUCAACGACAGCAAACCAAGGCGGGUAGUAACCAAGAGGACGUCUUCGAAGGCUUUGGAUGA